AUGGCUAAAAAGGUUCUCGUCGUUCUUACCAGUGCUGACAAGAUUGUCAAACUGGACAAGCCCACUGGCUGGUACCUGCCCGAAUUGGCCCAUCCGUACGACGUGUUGGCUCCCAAGGUCGAGCUCGUCAUAGCUUCGCCAAAGGGCGGCGUCGCGCCUCUUGAUCCCAGCUCUGUUGAGAUGUUCAAGAGCGACGAGUCGUCUGUCAACUUUCUCAACAACCACAAGUCAGUCUGGGAGAAGACAGCACCGCUAAAGGACUUUGUUGGUCGUUCAGGUGAAUUUGACGCCAUUUUCUACCCUGGUGGUCACGGCCCCAUGUUUGACCUAGUCACGGACCAAGACUCCAUCAAGCUCAUUGAGGAGUUCCACAGUGCAGGCAAGCCCGUUGCCGCUGUCUGCCAUGGUCCCAUCGUCUUUCGGGAUGUAAAGGACAAGAGCGGCGAGCCGCUUCUCAAGGGCAAGAAUGUCACUGGAUUUACCAACGUCGAGGAGGACCAGGUUCAACUUAGUGCCGCCAUGCCAUUUUUGCUCGAGGAUGAGCUUAAAAAGGUUGGCGCAAAGUUCCAAGCUGCUGACCAACCGUGGGGGGAGAAAGUGGUAGUUGAUGGCUUGGUCAUCUCGGGACAGAAUCCUGCGUCGGCCAAGGGUGUUGGCGAGGCAAUUGCGAAAGCCAUUGGAGUUUGA